GAUCGAUCAAAUUAGUUCUAAGAAAUAACAUUAUUAGUCUAAUAAUGAAACAUUUUUCAUCAAUCAUCUUUCCCUUCCUCAUCUUCGUUUUCAUCACAAAAUUUUCACUAACUUUCUCAAUAAAUUUUGUUGAGCAAGUAUUGGAUGUAAAUGGUAACCCCAUUUUUCCAGGUGGAAAAUACUACAUCUUGCCAACAAUUCGUGGCCCCUCCGGUGGAGGAUUAAGACUAGGAAAAACUGGUAACUCAGAAUGUGAAGUUACUGUCCUACAAGAUCACAAUGAAGUUAACAACGGUGUACCAGUGAAAUUCAGUAUACCAGAAAUAAGCCCUGGUAUAAUCUUCACUGGUACACCGAUUGAGAUUGAGUUCACAGAGAAGCCAAAUUGCGCCGAAUCUUCAAAAUGGUUGUUAUUUGUUGAUGAUGUUUUUCAAAAAGCUUGUGUUGGUAUUGGUGGUCCGGAAAAUUAUCCUGAUUUUAAAACAUUGAGUGGAACGUUUAAUAUUGAAAAACAUGAAUCUGGAUUCGGUUAUAGGCUUGGAUAUUGUGUUAAGGAUUCUCCUACUUGUUUGGAUAUUGGGAGGUCUGAUGGGAAUGAGGAUGAAGGUGGAUCACGUUUGAUUUUGACUCAUCAAAUAGCUUAUGCGGUCGUGUUUGUAGAUGCUGCUAGUUAUGAAGGUGGAAGUAUUAAAUCUGUUGCUUGAUGAUGCCUUUGUUGUUAAUCUAAACAAGUACUGUAAUAUAUAGCCACCUAGUUCUUAAUUGUUUGGGUUCGUGAUUUGGUUUUGGUUUGUUUCAUUUUAUUUGCUUAGUUUCUUUGGUGUUUUUAGUUGUAUUGUGUGUAUUUUUAAUGAUCUCGCUUAAGUAUUUUUUAGUCAAGUAUUUCUUGUACUUUAUGAUCUUAUUCCUUUUUUCAAUAGCAAAUAAAAAAUUGUAUA